CACACACACACACACACACACACACACACACACACACACACACUAUGUGACUGAGUGACAGUGGACUGGUACACAAUACUGUCCUUGUGCCGUACACAAAAGGUCAGAUGAAUCAAAGCAUAUGAAUCACAGACAGCUGUCUCUCCUCUCAGGCUCUCGGACUCACUUCUAAUCCACAUCACAGCCAAAUAUCCUCCUCAUUUUCUUGGAUACUACACUGGAUAUUGAUUCACAAUCGUUUUGAUAACAUUUAUGAUAAAUAUUUAGCUGGAAAUGUUAGCGAAACAGCACAGAGACGUUUUGUGAGAUGACGGCAUGGUGCUUGAAGAGGCUCAGGGCAGGUUAUGAAUGGAUAGGGGACUACAACUCUUAAAAAAAAACGUUUUGACCCCAUUUAGAUAGAACACAAAUAUCAAACAAGUAAGAAUUUCUAAAAUGUGUGCGUGCGGGUGAGUGUAUGAAUGGUAGUGACAGACAGUAGUGCCCGUAGGCGGCCCUUAUGACACUAGUCAGCCGGACCCUGGUCUAUAGUAUUCACAUAUCAUCAUGACAAGUCCUCUACCUGAAGGAAGAAACAUUGGAUUUCAAGUCUUCCUUGUUAACUUCUCAAGUUCCAUAUGAAGAGCAAAAUUCGGACGACUACGUGUGUCCUCCUAUUUCUAUUCACAAGUCUUGGAGUAUGCUCAGGAGGAUUUGGGAAUCCUGUAACAGAUGAUGUGAGCAAGCUGAUCUUAUUGAAACACAAUGUUCCAAAGGAUUAUAACAUUUCUAUACAUUAUAUUCCCAAAGAGAGGAGUGGUGUGUGCUGGGUUCUAUUGAAUAUCUAUCCACUGGAACAAAGCCUCAGGGAACUGGCCCGGGUGUUUGGUGCCAUUUCUUCCAACAAAGAUAAUAUUAUGAUCUUCAUCACCAUGCUGCAAAAUCUACGCUUCAAAUUUGAUCAUGAGGAGCUGGAGGCAACAAUGCAAGUCUUUAAAUGCCACUAUAGGGCGGUCAAAUGGCCAUCUGGGCAGUAUUUUGACUAUAUCAGAGACAUUUUGAAUUCUGCAGCUCAGGGAGAAGGAGGAUUCCGCUGUGUGCCUCCACCCUGCCCUGCCCCUACUACACCAGGAAGUGAAGCACAGGACCAUGAACAGACUCGGUCAAGGGGGAGUCUGCUGUCCCUGCUUCCGAUCCCAGUCACAGCCUGCGUGUUCCUCAUUGUGUGGAUGAUUCAAUCUAGAAGAGGAGGCUCCCCAGAGAGUAACCCAGAGAGAGGCCAUAGAAGGCUGUCCACUAAUGUGGAACGGACCAUAAACAUCCUUAUUCCACCAGUCACCAGUACAACUGACACACCAAUAAUGGGGGAAGCCUGAUCACCACUGAGGGAGCAGAUGAAGCCAACAUCAAGAACUGCAUAGAGAGCAGAAAGCUCCUCCCCUGAACAGGUGUCACUCUGAACAGGUGUCACUCUGAACAGGUGUCACUCUGAACUGGUGUCACUCUGAACUGGUGUCACUCUGAACUGGUGUCACUCUGAACUGGUGACACUCUGAACUCGUGACACUCUGAACUAGUAUCACUGAUUCUUCUUGGGUGAUAUCCCUGAGAGAACGGAGCUGAAAUCUCUUAUUUAGUAUCUUUGACAUAUCGGAGCUGAUAUCUCUAAAAUAUAGAGGUCUCACUUAAACAAGGGACAACGGUGAUAAGACAAUCAACUGCUUACUCGAACUAUAUCAUUUGGUCUGUCAUAUAUUUUGACACAACACCAUGUAUCACAGCUUCCUACCUUGUCUAUCUCUGUCUAAUCAGAGAUUUUGACAUGUCAACAUAUCAGAGACAUUCUCCACCGAGACUGGACUUUGUUGUGGCCGAAAGAUCUAUUGCUGCUGUGUGGCCACAGAGUGUGUGCUGUCUCACCCCCUCUUUGAGUCACAUCAUCAGUGUGUGUGCGACUACAGUAUGACAGUUUAACUGCCAGCUGUGUGUGUGUGUGUGUGUGUGUGAGAGCUACCCUGCUCUGGAUGAUCUCAGUGAGGGCCAUAAGAGGGGCUUGUUCUCGCCACAAAAGAAAAGAGCCGUAGGCUGAAGGAAAUACCAGUUCCAUGCUAACCGACAGAUUCAUAUGAAUCAAAAACCGUUUGAUCCUCAAUCACCAGACAGCAGGAAAUCAGGAUUCUCUGCCAUCUCCUCUCAGGCUGCACUGUCACACGCAUUAUGAAGCCUUCUCACUGGGCACAGACGUCAAUUCAACGUCUAUACCACGUUGGUUCAAUUUAAUUUUAUUGAAAUGACGUGGAAACAACUUUGAUUCUACCAGUGUGUGCCCAGUGGGUUAGGACUAACUGAUUUCAAGCAUAAGUUAUGGCUGCUUUUUAACAGAUACAGAUACAGUUUCUAUACUUGAUUCCCUCAGAACCUGCAGUUGGUCUCAGCUGUAGCAGGACAGUCACUGUGCAGUCUGGGAGGUUUUUUGUACAACUCUGUAUCACUGUGUGAGCACCUAGACACUUUGUGUACAUAGUGUAUUGUAGAUAGUGUAUGCAGUGUAGUGUAGUGUAGAUAGUGUAUAUAGUGUAGAUAGUGUAUAUAGUGU